GCCGCGUGACUUUGCUCAGGUGGAUUCAGAACGGUCCGGUGCUGGGCGCUGGAGAAGUCAGAAAACUUAUCCUUGGAAGCGGGGUACCUCGGCGGAUCCUUGGGUCUCAGUGGAGAGUUAAGCAGAGUCACUAUAAUUAUUUCUAACAUCAACUCUAAAUUAUUGACCUUGGACAAUAGUGCAAUUAUAUGAAAUCAUGGCUGGUUAUAAACCUGUAGCUAUUCAAACAUAUCCUAUACUUGGUGAAAAAAUCACCCAAGAUACUCUGUACUGGAACAACUAUAAGACCCCUGUUCAGAUUAAGGAAUUUGGUGCAGUGUCAAAAGUAGACUUUUCUCCCCAGCCUCCAUAUAACUAUGCAGUCACAGCUUCCUCAAGAAUUCACAUUUAUGGCCGAUACUCCCAAGAACCUAUAAAAACCUUUUCCCGUUUUAAAGACACAGCAUAUUGUGCUACUUUUCGACAAGAUGGUAGAUUGCUUGUGGCCGGCAGUGAAGAUGGUGGAGUUCAGCUUUUUGAUAUAAGCGGCAGGGCUCCCCUCAGACAGUUUGAAGGCCAUACAAAAGCAGUUCAUACAGUAGAUUUUACAGCUGACAAAUACCAUGUGGUCUCUGGGGCUGAUGAUUAUACAGUUAAAUUAUGGGAUAUUCCAAACUCGAAAGAAAUUCUGACAUUCAAAGAACAUUCUGAUUAUGUACGAUGUGGAUGUGCUAGCAAACUGAACCCAGAUCUCUUUGUAACAGGGUCAUAUGAUCAUACCGUGAAGAUGUUUGAUGCGCGAACAAAUAAGAGUGUUCUCUCUGUGGAGCAUGGGCAGCCAGUGGAGAGUGUGCUGCUUUUCCCCUCUGGAGGUCUUCUGGUGUCUUCAGGAGGUCGCUAUGUUAAAGUUUGGGACAUGUUAAAAGGACAGUUGCUCGUGUCUUUGAAAAAUCAUCACAAAACUGUCACAUGUUUAUGUCUGAGCAGCUCUGGACAGAGGUUACUCUCAGGCUCACUGGAUAGGAAGGUGAAAGUAUAUAGCACGACUUCCUACAAAGUAGUCCACAGUUUUGAUUAUGCAGCUUCAAUUUUAAGUCUUGCACUUGCACAUGAAGAUGAGACAAUAGUUGUAGGAAUGACCAAUGGAAUAUUGAGUGUUAAACAUCGGAAGUCUGAAGCAAAGAAAGAUCCUCUUCCAAGAAGAAGAAGGCCUGCAUAUCGAACCUUUAUUAAAGGAAAAAAUUACAUGAAACAACGGGAUGAUAUUUUGAUCAAUAGGCCAACAAAGAAACACCUAGAAUUGUAUGACAGGGAUCUGAAAAAUUUUAGGAUCUCUAAGGCACUUGACAGAGUCCUUGAGCCUAGUUGUAUAAUAAAGACACCUGAGGUUACAGUUUCCAUCAUAAAAGAGCUAAAUCGAAGAGGAGUCCUUGCAAAUGCCCUUGCGGGUCGGGAUGAAAAGGAAAUUAGUCGUGUUCUUAAUUUUUUGAUAAGGAAUUUGUCUCAACCAAGAUUUGCCCCUGUUUUGAUCAAUGCUGCUGAAAUAAUUAUUGAUAUAUAUCUGCCUGUGAUUGGUCAGUCACCUGUAGUUGAUAAAAAGUUUAUAUUACUUCAAGGACUUGUAGAAAAAGAGAUUGAUUACCAAAGAGAGCUCCUAGAAACCUUGGGAAUGAUGGACAUGCUUUUUGCUACCAUGACAAGGCAAGAAAGCUCUUCUUUGUUGGAACAUACAUCUGUUGAAUUUCCAGACAAGAAGAAGACAGCAUCAUAGUGUUGGCUUAAUAGGACAAAGAAGAACUUCUAACUUUGGAUAGAUUUGACUCUAAUAACUAUUGGAAAGAAAAUGUCUUGAUAUAUGAAAAGACUACACAGAAGCAACUUUAUAGAAGAGACUGGAAUAAUUAUGAUUGGAAAAUAAGUACCUUUUCUAAUACAUGGUUUUCCAUGUAAGAAAUUAUUUUAUGGCAUCUUCAGCUAGAAGAUCUCAUCUUGGUCGCAGUGUUUGUCCACCUUGGAUGAGUUGAUACUGACUUUAAUAAGCAAUGUUCUGUGUCAGCCUUUGGGUAGGCAUUCACAUAAGAGUUCAAAUAUGAAUCCUUUCUGGAGAAGUUCCAACUGGGAAUCCUGCCAAAUGAACAGAGUUUUUUUUUUUUUUUUUUCUUCUAGCCUUGAAACAACAAAAACACAUGGCAACAACAUUAUAACUCCACUCUAAUCAGUGCCGUUGGGGUUUUGGGGCCCUUGCCCCCCCCUUGGUGGCCCUCUGCCACCCCUCCCUUUUUAUCAUCACUGUUUUAGAUCACAUGCUCUGUCUGAGCUGGUCUGGGAACUGUGUCUGUUCCAAGUGUGGCAGAUUGCUGGUCAGCCCUGAAUAGUUCAUAUUGGACAAGUGUUCAGAGGAUGAUAAGGCAGAUUUGAUGCCUAAAAAUUAUGCUUUCCAGCCCAGGUUUUUCUUUUUAUUUAGUCUCAACUAUUCUUACUAGAAUAGUAAGGUCUACAGAUAGACCUUAUUGGACUGCAUUUCCCCCCUUUCCUUUAAUAUGUGGGCUUUCCACCAAGUUUAGGUCAGGAGAAAGAUAAAAUUUGUCACUUUUUUUGCAAUAAAAUAGCCUUUCAGCCUAAUAUGUACAUGUUUGUAUCUUAUUUUAUAGCUACCUGUCCCUCUCAAAACGCUUCUCUGACCUAAGAAUUUAUUUUUUCUGUUCUUAAUAAUUACCUUGUGGUUCAGAACCUCAAACCAGAGCAGCUUACUUUGAAAAAUAGUUGUUUUUGAAAGCUUAAUGUAAAUUACAUUUUUAUUAAAGAGAUUCUUAUUUUCUUA